GGUCACAAUAGCACAACAACAACAACACAAACAACAACACCACCAACGCCACCGACAGUGCCCAUUGAAGCAUGUGUCAUCUGUGAACUUGGCCAUUUCAACUUUUGGUCUCUCACCGUAAGAGCCCCAUUUUAGAACCAUGGCAACCACCAUCUUGCCCCAGAAACGGGCGCUCGGGGAGACAUCGAACACUCGCCAAAACAUCCCCUCGGCGCCUGGUUCGAUCAAGAAGCGCAAGGUUGAGCCUUUCUCGUCCUCCCCGGCACCAAAGCUGUCCAGCAUCCGGAGGAACGCCAAAGGCCAACUUGAUUCGAGCCAGCCCAAGAGCGCCUUCGAGUCGGAAGUCCUCGAGAAACUGAGCCAGGACAUUUCGGACCUCAAGCAGAACAACAGCGAGAAGGAUCAGGCAUGGGAAAGGCCGCCCUUGCCUCCCCUUGACCCCAAUGUCGACAGAGUUUGCUUCCAGCAGAUCGAAGCCGAGGAAGGGACGCUGCAUGGCGGCAGGACCACGGUCAAGCUCUUCGGCGUAACCGAGAAGGGCAACUCGGUCAUGCUUCACGUCACCAACUUCAAGCAUUACCUUUACGUUGCGGCCCCCGUUUCUUUUCAGCCUGAGGACUGCAACGCCUUCAAGGCCUUCCUCGAGGCGCAAGUCGCUGACCACCAGCCUGUCGUUUACUCGGUGUCCCUGGUCAUGCGCGAGAACAUCUACGGAUUUCGAGGCAAUGUCAAGAACCCGUAUCUCAAGAUUACAGUCAACGAUCCCAAGGUCAUUGCCAAGGUCCGGUCCACGAUUGAGUCUGGCAGUGCCAACUGGAAGGGUCUGUGGACAGGGGCCGAAGGCGGUGUCAUGACAUUUGACAACAUCCAGUAUGUCCUUCGGUUCAUGAUUGAUUGCAAGAUCCAGGGAAUGUCUUGGGUUGAAGCCCCCCCGAAAACUUAUCGUCUUGUCCCGCAGCACAUGAGGCAAUCCAACUGCCAGAUCGAGGCUGAAGUCAACUAUACCGACCUCAUCGCCCACAAGCCCGAAGGCGAGUGGUCGAAGAUGGCACCGCUCCGUAUAAUGUCGUUUGAUAUCGAAUGUGCUGGACGCAAAGGCAUAUUUCCCGAGGCCACCCACGAUCCCGUGAUCCAGAUUGCCAACCUCGUCACCAGAUAUGGAGAGAAGAAGCCCUUUGUGCGGAAUGUUUUCUGCCUCAACACAACCAGCUCGAUCGUGGCCACGCAGGUCCUCGAGUUUCAGAAGGAAGAACACAUGUUGGCCGAGUGGCAAAAGUUCCUGCAAACGGUGGACCCGGAUCUCAUCAUCGGAUACAACAUUGCCAACUUCGACUUCCCUUAUUUGCUAGAACGGGCUCAGCACCUUCAAAUCGCAGGGUUCAAGUACUGGUCCCGGAUACCCAGCGUUCCGUCCAGGUGCAGGGAAACCAAAUUUUCGAGCAAGCAGAUGGGGAACCGUGAUUCCAAGACAACCAACACCAACGGCCGGCUCCAACUGGAUCUUCUGCAGCUGAUACAGCGCGACUAUCAUCUUCGAAGCUAUACUUUGAACUCGGUCUGCUCCAACUUCCUAGGCGAGCAGAAGGAAGAUGUUCACUACUCGAUGAUCACCGAACUGUUCAACGGGACCCCGGAAUCUCGCCGACGUCUGGCCCUGUACUGCUUAAAAGAUGCCUACCUACCACAGCGGCUGAUGGAUAAAUUGUCUUGCCUUGAAAAUUACACCGAAAUGGCAAGAGUCACGGGUGUGCCCUUCAAUUUCCUGCUGUCGCGAGGCCAGCAAGUCAAGUUCAUCAGUCAACUUUUCAGGAAGGCUCUUGAGCAGAAGCUUGUCAUACCCAACAUGAAGUCCGAGGCCACAGAUGAACAGUAUGAGGGAGCAACGGUCAUUGAACCCACUCGAGGCUACUACGACGUGCCCGUUGCCACCCUCGAUUUCGCGUCCCUGUACCCCAGCAUCAUGCAGGCGCACAACCUCUGUUAUACCACCCUGGUCAGAAAACCGAUGAUCGAGAAAUUCAACCUGAAGAAGGACGAGGACUACGUCGUCACGCCCGCCGGCGACACCUUUGUCACCACAAAGCAGAGGAAAGGUCUCCUCGCACAAAUUCUCGAAGAACUCCUCACCGCGAGGAAACAGGCGAAACGAGAACUGGCCGCGGAGACGGACCCUUUCAAGAAGGCCGUGUUGAACGGUCGGCAGCUGGCUCUGAAAAUCAGCGCAAACUCGGUGUACGGCUUGACAGGUGCCACGACAGGCAAGCUUCCCUGUCUUGAAAUCGCCAGCAGCACGACGAGCUUUGGUCGGCAGAUGAUCGAGAAGACCAAGGAAGAAGUCGAGGCCAAGUACAACAUCGCGAACGGGUACUCGCACGAUGCGCAGGUCAUCUACGGCGACACGGACUCGGUCAUGGUCAAAUUCGGCACCAAGGAUCUCGCCGAAGCCAUGAAGCUGGGCCAAGAGGCGGCCGACUUUGUGUCUGCCAAGUUCAUCAAGCCCAUCAAGCUGGAGUUCGAGAAGGUGUAUUUCCCGUACCUCCUCAUCAACAAGAAGCGGUACGCCGGCCUGUACUGGACCAGGCCGGACAAGUACGACAAGAUGGACACCAAGGGUAUUGAGACGGUCCGACGCGACAAUUGCCUUCUCGUGCAGACCGUCAUUGAAAAGGUGUUGCGGAUGAUCCUCAUUGAUCGGGACGUCCCGGGCGCACAAGAGUAUGUCAAGGACACCAUCGCCGACCUCCUACAGAACAAGGUCGACAUGUCGAAGCUCGUGAUCACCAAGGCUCUCGCAAAAGAUGAUUACGCCGCCAAGCAAGCACACGUCGAACUAGCGCAGCGAAUGAAGAAACGAGACGCAGGCUCCGCUCCCGGACUCGGCGACCGGGUCGCCUACGUGAUGGUGAAGGGCGCAGCCGGCUCGAAGAACUACGAAAAGUCGGAAGAUCCCAUCUUCGUCCUGGAGAACAACGUGCCCAUCGACACGAAGUACUACCUGGACAACCAGCUGGCGAAGCCCCUGUCGCGCAUCUUCGAGCCCAUUCUGGGCGAGACCAAGGCCAACUCGCUGCUGGCGGGCGCGCACACGCGGACCAUCUCCGUGGCGGUGCCGACGGUGGGCGGGCUGAUGAAGUUCACCAAGAAGACGCAGACGUGCAUGGGCUGCAAGAAGCCCCUGACGGGUAAAGAGGAGAGCGCGGGCGCGGUGUGUGCGAACUGCUCGCCGCGCGUGGGGGAGUUGUACAAGAAGACGCUGGAUCGUGUGUCGGACCUUGAGGUGCGGUUCGGGCGCCUGUGGACGCAGUGCCAGCGGUGCCAGGGCAGCAUGCACUGCGAAGUCAUCUGCAGUAGCAAGGACUGCCCCAUCUUCUACAUGCGAAUGAAGGCGAAGAAAGACCUGGAGGAUGCUGGGAAGGAGCUGCAGCGGUUUGACUUGGAUCAGGCCGCCAUCUGGUGAUGAGAUGAGGGACCUGUGUCUCUGGAGGGGGGGCACGAGGCCCGGGAUUGCCACGAAUUUUAUCAUACUUUUGGAAGGGGCUGGAUAAGAUGUAGUUCUAUCUUCAUGUCUAUGGGAAUACCUAGGAAGGCUUGGGUGGUUUGGGCCGUGUCUUAUAUGGAUUUGAUAAGGGGGUUUGUUUGCUUUGAUUCCUUUUCCAAGGCGUUACGCAGGAUACAAGACGACCCGGGCUUCGGGGCUGGCGAUCACAAAGACGUCAAAUAGGAACAUAAAUAUUCACGUCCCUGUCUGUCUACAGGAGAUUAAUCUACAUACGUUCCGCAGCAAAAAAAGAGAAGGAACAUGGUGUUUCCCCAGGGGGCU